ACGGAGACAAUUCGGUCACCCAUGAUUCAAGAUCCAAAAUGGCAGCAGAGGAACUAGUACCGUUUGGGUAGAUCUUCACAGCUGUAUACUAGCAUCAUGAGAAUAAAAGUUCUGAACAAGGUGACACCGUCUGCUUAUUCGAAAUAGUAAAUUUAAAAUCUGACCAUCCAAGAUGGCAACAGGAUCCAAAGCACCUUCGCGAACCAAUAUGGCAACAGCAUCCAAAGCACCUUCACGAACCAAUAUGGCGAGAGAAUCCAAUCCACCUUCACGAACCAAUAUGGCGAGGGCAUCCAAUCCACCUUCUCGAACCAAUAUGGCGGCAGGAUCAGGUCCACCUACCCGGAACAGAGAUGAGGACAACCGGACAGAGCUGAUAGAACCCGUUGACGACGAUGGUACACAGAUAACCACCGUGAAUGCCCCGAUCAUUGACAGAAGGGGAACUCCAAGAACUGACAUCAUCCUGGCUCACACCCCAGGGCCGAUCACUACGAGGCAGGGACAGAAGCCUCGGACGGUCGGAGACCUUGUUAACCUCCACACACCCUCCCGUAUCAACCGUUACCACCCUCCUGGCUCCCCCGGGCAUAGCGUUGGUCAAGUGCGUGGGCUUUUUGUACCGUGGAGUCGUGAAGCUGAUUACGGUAGACGAGACCUGCCCUACGAGUUCCCGACUCAGAGAUUAGCGCCUUUAUCACAGGGGAACCAAACUCUAGCCACAAGAACCAUCACGAGAGACUUUGAUUUUUACGAACCACCUGUCGCGGAAUAUUCAAAGGAUCCUCUGAGAGACCGCUACCCCUAUAACGCGUACAACGGACACUAUUCCAGGAAUCCUCUGAGAGAGGAUGAAGAUGAGUAUGAAGGUCAUUACCCGUAUGAUCUUCCGAGUGGCCACUACCCAUACUUCUCCUACCCUCCCGACGAGCCGAGACGGAGGUAUUCAUACACGGAGCCGAUUCGACCUCCGCGAAUUAUUCGAAAGCCAAAAACACAUCUGGGACAUGUAAGUGAUCCGGGAAAGGUUCAGACAGCAGUGUGGAUCCAGAACCAUGCUGCGCCAAGGAAUCCAGGAGCUUGGCCAUUUAGCAUCCAACGUGAUGAGCAUCUAAACCGGGACUUCCUUGAAACUCCGUUGGGGAAGAGGAGGUAUAUAGGUCAUGUACCCCGACUGACUGACAGAGAUCGCUGGGACAGGCAAUAUGACGACUACCUCCUGUACAACGACGUCGACAGCGAAGUCUUAGAACAGCACAACCGCUAUCGUCGUCAUCGUCGCACUGAUCCUGCCAUCAUGGACACGUCCAAAUGGCUCAAUAAGAACUACGGUACCUUUCCUGACCACACUGACCAUCCGAAUUGGCUGCAAAGGGAAAAAGAAAUUCUCCGCCAGAGGGAGCGGGAACGCCAUUUUGGAAUGCGAAGGGACCAUCUCCUCACCAGAGGAAGUCUUUUACCGAUGGGGGGCUCCGAUCUGGGACCUGAUUGGCACAUGAGUGAAAAUGAGCGCCUGAAGUAUUUACACGAUCAGGACAUACUUAGAAGAAGAGAUUACAAGGACAGGCAUAGGCAUAGGCUUGUUGACAAUGAUUCUGACUUUACUAGUGUUUCUCAGAGGGCUGCGAAGAAGGAGAGAAUGAGAUUAGGUCCAUGGACUCCUCUAAACGCUCGUUCUGAGAGAAGAUACGACUAUAAACCCAACUGGCAGGUUAACGACAACUGGAGGUACAAGAAACCACAAGCCAACCAUCAAGUAGGGAAUGUAGCCAACUGGCUAGGCAACACCUAGUGACCAGUGGAACAUACGUGUUAAAACCUUUUUCAGUGCCGGAGUAUUUGUAUAUCCAGAGUCUUUUGAACAUGCAUUUGAUGAUAUGUAUUGCGAUUCAGUAUACAAGAACACACUGUAUAUAGUGGAACUCCUUUAAUCCGGACAAUGGUAUUCCCUGUCAAAUCGACAGAAUUAACGAAACAGGGGUACAGUUAUGUGAAGUCACUUUGUAUACCAGCGUUCAAGUUGCAUUCGUCCGGAAGUUGGGGUUUCCGAUUUAAGGUGGUUUCACUGUACACGAUGACCAUCGGGUAUAACGAACUCAUCGACACAGUGGAAAGUUUAGCUAUUCGAAUGAACAAUACUGGUCAUGUACACGUUACACCGUCUUCAGUAUGAGUUGACUGUAUGCCAUGAUAUUCUCUGAGCUAUAGGGCGGUGGGGUAGCCUAGUGGUUAAAGCGUUCGCUCGUACCGAAGACCCGGGUUCCAUUCCUCACAUGGGUACACUGGGUGAAGCCCAUUUCUGGUGUUCCCUGCCGUGAUAUUGCUGGAAUAUUGCUAAAAGCGGCGUAAAACAAUACUCACUCACUCUAAGCUAAAGUCACCAUUAAGUGUAAAAUUAUGACGGUUAAAAUAAAUGCAUCCUAUUGUAUAUGAUUUACGAACUUGCGAUUCUGUGGACAUGUGACUCAUUGCAGGUAUCUGCUGUAUAAAGGAAUCUGAUUUUCA